GCGCGUUACUCCCAAGUCCCAACCAACCCGCCACCUUCAGUUAGCUUCCAUUCCGCAUUUCCACCUUCAUUUCCCUGAAGAAAAAAGAGAAGCCGACCCAAACAUAAAAAUUCCCUCAAUCCUUCCACUCUCAAAAGUUGAUCUAUUCACUCACAGUUCUCCAAGCUUUUUGCAGCUUCAAUCAUAUGGCGGCUAAAGACCUUGUGAUUAUAACAGACAAGGGAGAGAUGAGAAAUUGGUCAAGAAAGAAAAGAUCCCAAGGCAAAACAAUUGGGUUAGUUCCCACCAUGGGUUACCUUCACCAAGGUCACCUAUCGCUCAUCCAAGAAGCACACAAGCAUAGCCAGCUAAUAGUUGUCUCUAUCUAUGUAAACCCAGGUCAAUUUUCUCCUUCUGAGGACCUUUCCACCUACCCAUCUGAUUUCCAUGGUGAUAUUCUUAAGCUUAAGUCUGUUCCUGGUGGAGUUGAUGCCGUUUUUUGUCCCAAGAAUCUGUAUGACUAUAGUAAUAAUGGCAAGCAAAAAAAUAAGAAUGAAAAUGAGAAUUGUGCUAGUGAUGGUGGUGGCGGGGUGGUUUCCUGUGUGGAGGAAAAGGGGAGUGGGCAUGAAACAUGGGUAAGAACUGAGAGAUUGGAGAAAGGUUUGUGUGGGAAAAGUAGGCCUGUCUUCUUUAGAGGGGUUGCUACGAUUGUGACCAAGUUGUUCAACAUUGUGGAACCCGAUGUUGCUGUCUUUGGUAAAAAGGAUUAUCAGCAAUGGAGGAUUAUUCAGCGAAUGGUUCGAGAUCUUGAUUUUGCCAUUGAAAUUGUGGGGUCUGAAAUAAUGCGCAAUAGUGAUGGCCUUGCAUUGAGUUCGCGAAAUGUGCAUCUCUCCCCGGAAGAAAGGGAAAAGGCAUUGUCCAUUAGCAGAUCAUUGUUAAGUGCUAAAUCUGCUGCAGAAGAAGGUCAGGUUAAUUGUGGAGACCUAAAGGAUUUGGCUGUCAAAACGAUCACUCAAGCUGGGGGGAGAGUUGAUUACGCUGAGAUCGUAGAGCAGGAGAGCUUGGAGGCAGUGGAAGAGAUCAAGAGUCCUGUUGUGUUCUGCAUAGCCGCCUGGUUUGGCAAGGCUAGGCUCCUAGAUAACAUGGAAAUCAACAUCUGAAAAAAGUACAUCUUCAGUGUAAUGCACUUACAAUCUGUUUUUUGAACUGAACAACCAUUGUUUGGUCCCCAAUUCCGCUAUGUUCUGCCCAGGCUUCUACUUUACAUGACAUGUUUCGACCAUGGGUUUUGACUCUUUCUUCUAGUUACACCUAAUGUUAAAUUUUGGGUUUGUAUAAUUCCGAUAUAAUGCAAGAUUAAAGAAUAUUUCCCUGUUUUA